AUGAUGUUGCUAUCGAAAGAGAGACUUUAAAAAUUAGAAGUACUUUGGGAAGACUAUCCAGAUGGAUUAGAGUUACCUUUAUUCACUUAAUUGAUGCUAGACUCUAUAGAGUGCUCUGAGGAAGAGAAAUAUGAAUUAGUUCAUGGCGCCUUAAAGCUGUUCUCAGAUAUUGAUAUCAACGGUGAUGCACAUAUGGAAUGGUCUGAGUUCAUGCAGUACAUUAUUGAUGCAGUUUUAGAGAACUCUAUAUCUAACAGUAAUGAUGACAAAAAAAUGAGUGUAAUGGAGCUAAUAUAGCAAAUGAAAGCUAACCGUUUCCUAAGAUUCUACAUGGCAUACAACCCAAUUGAUAAAUCAAACCAUACAAACUAUAUCAUUAAUGCAGCAUAUUCGAAGAAAGCUAAUUUAAUCAUGUCAUUUGAGAAACACUCUAAAGAGGUAAAGUUUCACACUCCUGAUCUCCGAUUCAAAGAAAAAUUCCAAGUUCCUUUAAGAGUUGAAGGAUUUAUUUUAGGAAUUGAUUAUUCAGAUUCAUAGCUAGUAUUUGGUUGCACUGCAUCAGACAGUCAAUUGCAUUUUUACAUUCAGACUUCAAAGGGAAUUAGGUUUAUGAAGAGCAUUGUAACACCUGGAAUUUAAAGUAGAAUAUGGCAUAUGCCCAACCAUAAAUGCUGGAUAACUGCUGGAAGAGAUUUAAAGUUAAGGCAAUGGGAUCCAUUCAAGACAGAAAGCUUAAUUACAACAUUUAAUGAGGAUCUUAAACUCCAUAAUUAAGAGAUAAUGGAUGUUUGUGAGAUUGACAAUCCUUUUAGUAUCGCUACUUGCUCUUUGGAUAAAAAGAUUGUCAUAUAUAAUCUAAUUGAAAGGGAGCCAAUUAGAAUACUUAAAGGGGAUCACAUUAAAGGAGUAAAAAGGCUUUCUUAUAAUGGGCAUUUUGGAGGGCAUUUAGUCUCAGUUGGUCAUGAGAUUUAUGCAAAUGUUUGGGGGCCUGAGUCUUUAAUUAGCGAUAUUUUGAUAGGAAAACUCAAAGGCCACACUAAGCCAAUUAUUGACACUAAAUUUAUCAGUAUCACUCCAUUUAAUGUAACUAUUGACGAGAAGAACAAUAUAAGGAUUUGGGAUAUAAGAACUCUUUAAUGUUUACAGCUUGUCAAAGGAAAAGUAUAAACAGCAGCCUAAGGAAUUUGCUCGAUUUAGAAUAAUGUCUUCUGGAUAUAUGGGAAAAGAUUUAUUCAAUUUGAUACUUACUCUGUUGAAGAAGGAGGAGAGGAGCAAAAGGACAAUCAAUCUGAAAAUUAUCCAAUUUGGGCUGAAUUUAAUACUUAUUAUAUGUCCAUCAACGUAGUUAACAAGUAAGAUUUAUAAGUCUCAAUUCUUCUAGGCAUGAAGUAAAAUUAUAUGAUAGCAGCACUGGGUGGAAUUAAAGUUUAUAAUGUGGGAAACGGAGUUGAAUUGAAAGAUUGCACUCAUGAUGGGGAUGACAAUGAUGGACCUAGUAAAAAUGGGGAUUAAGAUGAUGAUAAUCUUACUAAUUCUUCGUACAGUAGCAUUAAAGAAGACAGCUUUAAUAAUAGCAAAGCUGAAGAUGCUAUUGAUUAAAGCCAUAAAGAAAUCACAGGAUUAUAAUUGAUAUGGGAAGAGAAUUAUAUUAUGAUGAUAUGCUCUGACCAUAAGUACAUUUAUGUUUAUGAUGAAGAAGAUACUGAGUCGUCUGAGUAAUUGAGGAAAAUAACAGGAGCUCACAGAGAAGAAAUUACCAUCAUUAAAUAUGAUGAUCAUUUAUCUCUUCUUGCAAGUGGCUCGAUAGAUGGAGAAAUUGCUGUUUGGGACUUUGAAAUGAGCAAGCUAUUGGGAAUGUGUAUAGGCCACACUGGAGAUAUAACAGGAAUUGAAUUUGUUACUCCCUAUCCUAUCAUGGUUACUUCCUCAUUAGAUUGUACAGUAUGUAUAUGGGGAGUAAGGCCUUGCAAUAUAGCCUAUAGGUAUAUUUCUCUUUACAGAUUUGAAAACAUUUCCUUCAACUACAAUAAAGACUCUAAAAUAGCAGUUUCAAAAAUUCUGAUAAUCAAAGAUAAAAUGAAAGGUAUAUAAAGACAUAAGCGGUUGAAUGAUGGGUAUUUAGUUGCAAGCAAGUAUGGUUCUUUUAAUGUAAAUGUACUAUUCAAGAAGAUUGAAGACAAAGUUCAAAAUGAUUUGUUCAAUGCUUCUGAAUAAAAUACACUGCCCAAGAAAUCUGUACUAAGUAGGUUUCUAGCAGCCAGAUUAAACAAAAAAAGUCCUCCUGUGGAAAAUGAUUAUGAAAGGAAACUUGAUUAAGUUUUUGAAAGAUGCUAUAUGUAUGUUGCAGACGAAGCAGGGUUUAUCAAAGUUUGGGAUUUAACAAACAUCAUUAAAAAGAUUGGCUUUUCACCUGCUGAUAAUUAUCCAUAGAAAAAAGUUUCAUUUAAUCCAAAAAGAAAAGAGACAAUAGAUUGCACUAUAUUUGCUUCCUCAAUGAGAAACGACGCUAAGAAGCAGAAGCUUCCUGAUAUUCUAAAUCCUGAGAAAGUUGGCAUCUUCAUAAGGGAAGUCAAGGCUCAUAGAGAAUGCAUUGUCAGUAUGAAUCCUAUUUAAGUCAGUAAUGGAGGAGGACUAAUAACUUGCUCAACUGAUAGAAGGGUAAGAGUGUGGUCUUCUUUUCUUGACCUUUGGGGAACCAUAGAUCAAAGACAAGAAAAGAUUGAUAAAAGAUGGUGUUUUCCCCAAGAUUUCAAGAGAAAAUAAAAAGAGUCAGAGAUAGACCAAGUAAAAGGUUUGUUAAAUGAGGUUGAACUUGAAGCUGAUAAAAAUCUCAUCUUUAAAGAAGAUGAUAAAAAUAAUGAGUAAAAAAACGAAGAAAAAUCUUAAAAAUUUUGGUUGAUGACACGAAAAUAGAAAUACUAAGAGUAAAUACAGACUUAGAAAACGGAAAGAAAGGAAUUUGAUGUUAGAAUGUAGUUUAUUGAGCAUAGAUUAUAGAACCAGAAGCCUUAUCAUGGGUAUCAUGGUUAUGCCAAAGAACUUGAGAGAAUUUUGGAUGCCAAGCAGCAACGAGUCCAUUCAGAAAAUAAGAGAAUUCACUAAACUAUGCCUGUAGGUGAUCAAUCAAACGAUAUUCAAGCUAUUGCUUAAAAAAGAUCUAUGCUUAGAAUCUAGGAUCAUAAAUCAAAGAAAAAUCUUCUCGGCGAUUACUAAAGUGCUGUACCCUAGGCCUUAAAUAAUUAAAAAAGCCAAAAUAUGGCCUCAAGAAAUGUUAUGAGUCGAAUAGGCAAUAUCAAAUGCUCUUAGAAAAGUAUGAUGGGCGAUACUAAUGAAAAAGAAAAAAAUUACUAGGUUGACGAAAACAAAUACUUUGAACAUCAAAUUCAGCCAGGAAUAAGACUUCCACCUAUGAAUGUUACCCCAAAGCACAGAAAUUAUUCUUUCGAACAAAAGCCUUAAGCAAACAAAAAGAUCAAGCAUUAAUUCAUUAAUGAGUCUUCAAGAAAUACAUUAAAUGCUUCGUUAUUAGAGCAAAGUUUGGACAAGAGAAGAUAGAGCCAAUUAAAGAAUUAAACAUAAGCAUAUUCUAAAGGUUAGUUUAUUACUAGCAGUGAUUAAGAGGAUGCCAUUCAAAUAAAAACAGAUUACAUAAUUGAUGAUAUUAAUGAUUACUAAGGUAGAAAGUAAAAAUAUUUUGGAGAUUAAAGUGCUAUAAAGUUACUAGUUAAAGAAGAAAAUUUAAAAAUUUAACAUUAGAGAAGAGAACUAAAGAAAUCACUAAAGUUACCGAAAUACCCAAAAUGA